AUGCCAACAUACGGCAUGGGUAUAAGAAUGGUUUGGUGGUGGUUUUUAAUACUUUUAAUACUCGAUUUUAGUCAAACAGAUAAUCCAUUUAGUGUUGGUAGUAGUACUGGUUUUUUCGUAGAUCCUUUUCUUGAAAUUUCAUCAGGAGUCACAACUCCUGCUAAUCAAAAAUCAAGUAAUUCAGAUUCAUCAUGUAUGUCACAGGGAACAUUAGCUGGUGCAAUUAUUGGUACUUUAUUGUUAUCAGCAUUUAUUGCUUUUCUUACUUGGAUGAUUUAUUUAAGACAGAAAUUACAAGAACUUCAUUCAUACGAAAAUCAUGGAAAAAAAUAUGUACGAACAUUAUCAAAACAACAAUCUAUGGCUCCUUCAAUCUCUAAUCAUAAAAAACAGUAUACAAAUGAUGAUGCAGUAGAUUGUAAAGAUAAUCAAUUACCAGUGGAUGUUACUGAUUAUAAAUUUGGUACAUUUCCAUUUCGUCAAUCACAAACACCAAGUGUUAGUGGACAUUAUAAUCAUAUUGAUUGGUUAAAUCGUAAUCAAUCUUCAUUUCGUUCUGUGACUAUGGAUAAAGAUGUAGAAAUGAUCGAUAUUGAAUUAUUAAAUCCAACAUUUUGUGGUCUAAAUUUUAGUAUCACAGGAAAUAUGCGUGCUGGAAUAUUUGUUAAAGAAAUUCUUGAUAAAGAAACAUCUCAAGGACAUAUGAAAUUAAAUUCCUCUGAUCAAUUAAGAUCAGGUGAUCGUAUCAUUGCAUUAACUAUAUGUUUUGAAUCGAUAGUUUAUGAAGAUGCUUUAACAAUUCUUAGUUAUGCAUCACCAUAUCCAGUUAUUCUUCGUGUUCAACGUCCACUACGUUCAACUAAAGUAAAUAUUGUUGCAGAGAAACAUUCACUACCAACAACAGUCAAUAAAGUUAAAUGGCGAGAUGAUUUUGAACAUUAUGAUAAUGAUACAUCACAUAAUCAUUCGUCCAAAGAAGCAAAUUCAUCAGCAACACUUAUUACAGAUACAAAAUCGAAUCCAACAGCUAUUCAACAUCAUUCAUCAUCGAAAACAACUCGUUCUAAUAAAUCAUUAUCGAAUAAUAAAGGUAAUAAAUUAAAAGUAUCAUCAAAUACUCUUGGAACAAUAACAAAAUAUUCGAAUGUUGAUGUAAAAGAUAUUCAAAAUAAAAAAUCAAAUCAAAUGAUUGUAACAUCUAAACCAAUUAAAAAAAUUUCAACACCACCUAUAUCAACUAAUAAAACAACAAUGAAAUCUGUUACUAAUGCAGUUAUUUCUUAUUUACAUUAUCGAGGUGUUAAUGCAGGACAUGUAACAGAUACAACCAAUAAUUCGGAAGCGACAUUCAUGCCCUACUACGAUUCUCCAUAUGAUUAUUAUGGUGCAAAUAUAUCUCAUUCAAAUUUGAAUAAAAAUGUUAAUAAUAAUAAUUCUACAUCAAGUGAAUCUUUAACUGCUGUUACAUCAGUUUAUACAAUUCAAUUGUCAUCGACAAAAAUAAAUCCUUCAAUUCAACAAAAUGUUAUUCCACGUCGAUGUCAUCGACGUCUUUCUUCACCUGCAAAUAUUUUACCUAUGACUGUUCAAACAGUUGAUGACAAAGAUAUUUCAUUUCAAAAUAUCGACACAUUUGUAUAA